AUGGCCAUUCCAGCAGCCCUCAUCACAGGCACUAUUUGCUACAUUAUACUCGGUAUUGUUGCUCUUGCCGUUGUCUUCUCAAUGAGAUCAAUUGGCAAGCUAAACCCCGAUGACGCCGCGGUUGGAAAUGUUGUCGUUAUCAUUGCUACAGUGUCGAUGUGGCUAUUUUGGUUCUGCGCUUGGAUGCACCAAUGGCACCCUCUCAUCUCACCGAUAUACGAAGGAUAA